AUGUCUUAUGUCAAUAUGCUUUGCGAAAAUUUGCCAUUAAUUAUUGAAUUCGACGAGAAAAGUCCAAAUGGAUUAAAUGCUGUGACUUUAACUACUAUCAAAACUCAACAAAAUGUUAACAAUCAUCUGAAAAAGCUUUUGACUCAAAAAGAAAGAGAUUCGCCAGAAACAGUACAGAUGUUGAGCAAAGGAGAUAUUGUUUAUAUUUCAACGUUUGUGGAUUUACACGCUAUUUACGUCAGACGUAUUAACAACGGCACAGAUAAAUUUAAAUCAUUCUUGGAGAAUUUUUCAUCUUCCUGCGCGUUAGAAAGUCCUAUAAAAAACGAUCCUAAAGUUGGUGCUAUCAUUGCGGCAAGAGAACAAGGAGGAAAUAAAUUCUACAGAGCUGAAGUUAUUUCUAGAGUAGACAAUGACAAUUUUAAUGUCUGUUUUAUUGAUUUUGGAUAUUGCGAUACUGUACAUAAAAGUAAUAUGGUACAGCCGUCCGAAUCACAGCUACAAAAUUGUCCGCCUACGUUUAUGGUCGGUUUACAUGGACUAGAUGCAGAACCUGCUAAUGCCACAAUAUUGCACUACAUAGAGGAUAUCAGCCAAACAGAUACAUUUAUAAUUGACUCCAUCACUGAACUAAACAAAGUUGUAUUGAUAUCAGCCAAUACACAAUGCAAUAUAAAUAAAGAAAUAAAGAAACUUUUAGGCAACGGAAAUAUUGGACAACAUAUUAAAAACGGUGGAAACGCCAACGGUAACAAAGAUACCGAAAAAUGCGUAAUAAAGUACCACAGACCGCCUUUGGAUGUUGCUACUCAGGUUUGGGUCGCCGACAAAAUAUCUCCUUCGAGGUACUCUGUACACACGAGCGACAGUCGCCUCGAAUUCAUACAAUUGGAGAAUCAAAUGUUCGAAAACAGUAAAACGUUCGAAUCUGUUAAAUCUGUCAGUGUUAAUAUGCCGUGCAUCGUGUACUUUAGUCCUAGUUGGUAUCGUGGAGUAGUUUUGGAGGUGAUCGAUAAAGUCACCGCAAAAGUUGGUCUUGUGGACGUUGGAAAUUUCAGUGUCGUUCGCAGCAUCAAAGAAAUUUUCCGCAUGCCGUCGAAAUAUAAAGGAAAAUCACUGUUGGUGAAUAUCGAGAUACAGCCAGAACCGCAAGAAAAAUUAGCAGUCACAUCGUUCAGAAUUAUUGCUAAAAAACACUUGGACAAUAUCACAGUGGUAGAAGUAUUGCUGGGAUCUACAGUAGAUCAAUCUUACGACGAUCUGGUUCGUAGUGUACAUAUCAUAGACAAUGUUGGGCUGCCGUCGUUUUCUUCGACCCCCAUACCAGAAGACUCCGCACAGUUUCAAUUCAAUAACAGCCGCAACGAACAAAACCUACUGAGUAUGACCCUGUGUCAAGAACAGCAAAUGUCUGGUGCUGCCGAUCACAGUAAGCGGUUUUCCAACAUGUUGACAAUCAAAGAUGUGCAGUACGCAAGAUGGCUAAAGGGUGCUGUAAAAACAUUGACGUUCUUGUGCGUGAACGGUGACUGUUUGAUGAUGAGGGACCAUCUGAUUGACGAUACACUAGCGGAUUUGGAAGCAAAAAUCCAAGAACACUGCUUGACCGCUGCUGAUCCGCUGUACACACCAGCCGAAAACGAACUCUGUCUGGCCAAGUACUUCGAUGAGUUGUGGUAUAGGGCUAUAUGUGUGAAAGCUCCAAACGAUUUGGACAAAAACGACAACGACUAUAUGGUUUAUUUCUUGGACUGGGGAAUGGAGUACUUGACAAAAGUCGAAGACAUUAAGAAAAUGACCAAGGACUUUAUCUACCUACCAGCUACAGCUCACAAAUGUUACCUAAAAGAUGCCCCAGUGUUGGAGUGGAGUGCCAGCACAAUGCACGCGGUAUCCGAGCUCGGUCUGAAACAGUUACCAAGCACAAUCGACGACAAACUGUCCAAUGACAGUUACAUGAUAUCCUGUGCUGCUAUUAAAGACUUGUUGGACAAGAAUUUUCAGUGA